AUGUACUCAAGUUAUCAGAUAGUGAUUGAAAACGAACCUGAAUGUGUGAAUUUGUAAGACAUCCCCAUACUGUAUGUGAACUCAAUAGCAUUGCAAUUUAAGGAUGAAUAGAUGACGGAGUUUAAAGUCAUCGAAUUUGCAUUGAUAAUACUCUCAAUGUUGAUUAGUAUGAUUUGUGGUGCACGUUACUUGAUGUGAGCAUGAAAUUAGUUAAUGUUAGUGUGUCGAUGACUUACAUGUGUUAGACAACAAUCAGCAUAUUGGCACUCCUAUCAUUGAUGUUAAUGAUAUUGCCUUCAAUCACUCUAUGUUCUAAGACUUUCAAGAUGAGUUUGCAUAUGUAGAGAAUAGCACAAUUGUUAUAUUUAUCAUUAUUGAUCAUGGGAUCUGUAAUAUUUUUUUUUUUCAAACUCAAACUUAUCAAGAAUGUAGACUGUAAGGGAAGGUAAUAGUGGAGGAAGUAGGAACACUGCCAUUCCUAUUGGAAAUUCUUUGUUGUCUGAUGAAUCUAACUUACGUAAGUUACUUGCAUUAUGUCACAGUGCAAUAUUGCAAUAAGGAGUAACCAAUCAGAAUGCAGAUAGUGCAGAAGAUUAUGAACACAAUAGUACCAAUAAUUUGAUAUUAUAUUAUAAUUUAUAAACAUGGGAUGCGUAAUUACAAACGAGAAAGUUGCUCUCUAGAAAACCAUGAUGAUGGAGUCCACAUUCAACAAGGAACAACGAGAGAAGGAGUAGCGGAUCAAAGCACAUCUUAUUUUAGACGAAUACCGUCAAACCAAAACAAUUAGAAAGUAAAUCAAAUUGCAAUCGGACGUCAAGGAUGCUUUACUAGAGUAACUCACAAGGAAUAAAACAGUAACUCCUCAAAAGUCCUCGAUUGCCAAUUGA